AAUAUUCUUGUUAUGAAAAUACUUUGUUCCUUCUUCCCUUUCGUAUCUUCACCGGUGCCCUAGAUUGGAUCGGUCUCUGCUGCUCUUUCUCUUCACUUCGUCCCUAGAUUACAUCUUCAUUUUUUUUUAUUCUCUAUAGAUUUUCUACUCUUUUUUAUCUCUGCUUUAGAUUCCUUAGCAGAGAUUUUCACAUUUUCGCGCCUCGUUCUCGGUGUUCCGUUUUGACUUGCAAUUGAAAGAUUCUAUCUUGGCCGUAGAUCUGUUCCUGAUUCGCUUCCGUCGAUCUGAGCCACCAUGGCUGCUGCGAACCAUCGCCAUGAAGGAGGUCUUAACUAUGCCAAGCAUCGGCAUUAAUCCUCAGUUCAUUACAUUUACGAACGUAACUAUGGAAUCUGACAAGUAUAUUUGUGUGAGAGAAACUGCACCGCAAAACAGUGUUGUGAUCAUUGACAUGAACAUGCCGAUGCAGCCGUUGAGACGACCUAUUACAGCUGACUCUGCUCUUAUGAAUCUGGAUUCUAGAAUCCUGGCUCUGAAAGGUCAGUUACCACUUACCAUUACUAGCAGCAGAUAUUUACUUUUACCAGAUCACUUGAAUUGCUUCAUCAUUGCUUGUGAUUGUUCAGCAUUUUUGUUACUGAUUAGAGGAUUAUAUAUUCAAUAUGUCUAUUUUAUAUGGUCAUAAAGCUCAUAUUGGAUUGGUAGUGCUCAACAUUUUUUCUUUUAUUGUUAGAUUAGGCUCUGGCUGAUCAAAAACCUAGUUGUUUCUGGUAGUGUUUUUUAUGGAAUACGUGUGCAAUAGAAUAUUGUUUGACUGGACUCUUAUUGGCUUCUUUUGAAUGUUAGUUUGCUACUUGUUUUUGCUUUCUAAAAUGAACAAGGAAUGUGAGGCUGUACUUGUUAAUGAAGGAUCUUUUGAAUGUUAGUUUGACACAGGAAUGGGAAUGCCUCCAAUGCCACCUUUUGGCAUGCCACCAAUGGGCAGCUUUUAAGUCGUAACAGAUUUGAUUGCAAAAUUUUACUAGCCAGUAGAUCCACGUAGCAUUUUAGGUGUAAUUUCGAGGUCUUCAUUUUUUUUCCAUUUCGCUUCCAUUCUUCUGAAUUCUGAUGGGUGAAGAACGAAGCUGGAAUAAUGACAUUUCUGUGCUUUAGGUGUAUAAUAUUCUUUCUUCCCUUUUUGGUUAGAACAGGCAUUUUUUUUGGAUAAUCGUAGCGAGUAAGCUGAGGAUUUCAUGCAUUUGUAUGUAAUUUGUAGUAUUAUCUUCUUUCCGUUAUUGGAAUUGACCGAACGUGUACCAAAAAAACUUCACACUAAUCAUAUUUUCGGAUCUUUAAUGUUCGUAUUUU